UUAUUUGUAAAGGUCUUUAACACCGUUGUCGGACAGGUUUUGUUUGUUUUUGUCGGAUAUAACGUUUCUUCCACAAGGUAACAACGGGUGGUAAUUGAGAAGUCUUCUCGUAACAAAAGAACUCCCGCGACCGUGAAAUAACGGGUUGGGGGAGCACAGAACCGCAGGUAGAUUGCUCUCGUUCAAUCGGAUUUCGCUCCGCGCUGCUUUUUUUUUUAUUACCGGUAAACAUGACGGAAGGAGACCCCGCUCAGCAGCCAAAACUCUCCCAGCUCGCUUCAAGAGGCAUUCUCGGUCUCAAAGAAGGACUAAAGAAGGUAGCCCUUCCACUGCAAAACGUCGGCCUAUCCGGCGCUGUUUUGGGUUUGAAGGAAGUUGUAAAAAAGGUUGUGUUCAACUGCCCCGAACGACACUACCAACUGUAUAGCUUGCUGUUCAUGUUUGCCCCAGCAGUUUUCUUACUUUGCCUUGCCUUAAUGGUAUCAAGGAACUUCUGGAAGAUGGUGGCUGGGUGCUGUCGUCUACGCCGGCCUCAACGAAGAGUCGUCUGGCAACAGUCGCGAAAAUACGUGAUUCUGUCCAUCGUACCUCCAACCGCAUGGAUUUUGUUCGCCCUGUUUGACACAGAAUAUUACACCUGCGCCAAGCUCGGUUCCAAAAAGAUUCGUCUAAACAACACAGUGCCUUUCCAGCAGCCAGCACUAUUGGCUGAAUACGAAUCAGCUAAAAUAGAAUCGCGUAUAAUCGGAAUUUUUCUACUGACGGGGAUUGUGCUUGUUGGAACGGUCUUAAUCUCUAUCGAACGAUGCUGUACCAGACCAGACACGGGCAUCAGCAACGACGAGGAAUAUACCCACUAUCUAGCCGAGGAACAAAUUAAGUUGUUCAACUCGAAGAUAGAGCCUUUGGCAAAAGAGCAAGCCAAGGUGGAAGUGGAGGCUUUGUUUGAGAAAUUCAAAGAUAUGAAAGAUAUCGCUGAGAAAGUACGCCUGAUUUCAGAAGAAUUAGAGGACGAAAUACCUUGGGCGGCAACCCACGAAGCUUAGACUGGGACUGUUUGG